CGCAACAAGGAACAACUGAAAGGAGCAAUGACGAAACUACACCUAGCAAAGACACUCCUAGCAAAGACACUGACAACGAUAAAAGUGGUAACGUUUUUUACAGCCAGAUCAAGCGUACUUGGCAGACGAUGCGCAAGGCCGCUGACGAGCUAAUGCCUUCGUGGAGCGAUCCGACGUUAAUGGCGAAGGACCUGGAGGAUCCCACUAUUCGACGAUAUUUCGAUUACAUCGUUGAAAUUCGCAACGCCCUGACGAACUCUCUGCAUCAAAUCGCGCCUGCGUUAGAUUUGCACGGUUUACUCGGAGUCAGCCCUACUGUGGAGAGCUUUCGAGACGUCUUUGGUCUCGUCACAGAUGCUUAAGGCUAAUACUCUUACUGUAUCUAAAGAUCUAAACUGAGGACCUAAUCAAACCUCUACCGAUUACUUGUGAUUUCUGAGGUAAUUAAUUGCUGAUCCUGAUUUGGAUAAUGCGACGUUUCCGUGGGAUGUUCUAGAAGUUAAUAAAGUAACUGGUCAUGUUGAACAUGAAAGAUAGCUGGCAGCGGUCUAAAAUGCAGCAUCGGUCACCACUGAAACACUUUUUCGUCGUCUACGCUUCAGACUUACCGGACACAUUGCCGCUGGCACGGAGACAGCCUUUUGGGGUUCCCAGUCGGAACACUUCAAACAGGCUUGGCGAUCUUUUAUCACGGGCACGCAGGAGGACUGGGAUACUCUUGUCUGGAAAGGAACGUUAAGGCCUGUAGAAGUUCUUGUUGAGAAAAUUUUCUUUAUCCAUCGUUCAUCAUUCUUAAAUAAUUCUAGUCAGCUGUGCUCCUCAUUAUUCUCAAGCUCGAUUCUCAUGAUGAGGCCUGUUCUUGAAAAGCCUGUUCUUCGAUAUCAAUCUUCAUCCUCUCGGUGCCAUUUUUUUUGAAGAAAAAACAAAGAAGAAACAAGCACCGGCGAGAAUGAACAAGAUACUCCUGCUCACUAAGACUAUUUACAUGGACGAUCAUUCAAGGUAAUGCCAAUAAGAAGACGUCUUGUAAAAAAAUGUAGUCUGCGCCAGCAAAUUGAUUCAUCUAACAAAGUGGCGUGAUCCGACGAAUCGCAUGAUUCACAGCCUCAUGAAGAUGUUUGCAUGGUAUAUUUCGGACGCUCAGAGAGAUCCCACGCGUGUGUUUGGAACUGAUUUUUUCACGAAUUUCGAGCUUCCGAUUGCGCGGGCUCUUGAAGAAGCGCAGCGCGAGCAACAGGGCAACAUGCCGAAGUUGAAAGAGAUAGAAAUACGACGAAGCGUCGUGCUAAAACAGCUCAAGAAAAUCUUCAGCUUUCAGAGUGCGAUCAAGCGAGAUCUUCUGAGGGCUGGCACGGAAUUGUUACCCGUGAAGGAGCAAUUUUCCGACGACGCAGCAACGACGUUUCCAGUCCUAGACCGAAUUUUUGGCGCUCAUGAUGUGGCGGACGAAAACGGGCUUCUUUUCUACACUGAGAGUGUUUUGUUUCGGAACCGAUGGCUCGAGAUCGCAGAGGCCGCUUCCGAUGUGUUCCUUCGGGCUGCUCCGUUUCGUCUAGAUUUCAACUUCGGCAAUGCGAUGCUCUCCCACGCGUGGAUGU